AUGGCUUCCACAUCAUCUAUUAUCGAUAGUCACAUAAAUGAAAUGUCAAUUGAUAAAUCAAUUCCAGUUCAUCUUGACGAAGAAGCUAUUCUACCAAAGUCACAUAAGCAAUCCAUAGUAGAAACACCAUUAAUACCAACAAAAACAACAAGUAAAACUUCCCUAUCAUCAACAAGUUCAAAAACGAGUGAUUAUCCUGAUAUAUGUCGAAUAUGUCAUUGUGAAGGUACAACUGAUGAACCAUUAAUAUCGCCUUGUUAUUGUUUGGGAACAAUGCAAUAUUUACAUCAAUCAUGUUUACAACAUUGGAUAAAAAGUGCCGGUGUUAAAUCCUGUGAACUUUGUAAAUUUGAAUUUAUUAUGCAUUCAGAAAUAAAACCAUUUAAACAGUGGCAAAAAUUAGAUAUGAAUGUUGUUGAAAGACGGAAAGUCAUGUGUUCUGUUGCGUUUAAUUUAAUAGCUGUUACUUGUGUUCUUUGGUCACUUUAUGUAUUAAUUGAAAAAACAAGAGAAGAAGUUAAAGCUGGCAAACUUCAAUGGCCAUUUUGGACGAAAUUAAUCAUUGUUGCUGUUGGUUUUACUGGAGGAUUGCUUUGUAUUCGUUGGCGUCAAUUUAACCAACGUAUUGUUAUUCAUUCAAGAAAUGAGGAACGUCACAGUGGAAUGACGUUAUCAGGAACGAAAAAUUCAAAUAAUAAUCGUGAUAAUUGUAUUGUAACAGUACUAGAUGCAAAUGAUUUACCUCCAUUAAAUUCUACUACAUCAUCAAUAGUCACAACUGGUAAUACAAAUAUUCAAUUCGAUUCUUCUUCAUCAACGAGUAUCAAUCGUAAUCGACGACAUCAAGAUAACAAUCAUCGACGUUUUCUACAUCGUUUUUUUAUAUUCCAUCGGUCGAAUCAAUCUCAAACAUAA